AUUAACAUCAUCUCUCUCCAGCGUCUUCGUCUUCUUCCCCAACUCACUCCACCUACUGAGGACUUCUUCCCCAACUCGCUCCACCGAUGAGUUCCUCAGCAAGCAACACACCCAGUCGGAGGUAGCUGCUCGUCCCAGUCGGAGGUCCGUGUAGAGACACUCUUCUCUUCUUCCUCUGCUUUUCUAAUCUGUUGCAGAGGAUAAUGGUUCGUUUAACUGUCAGUGAGAGACAAAUUUUGAGAAAGAAGAAGAUCAUGACUCUUUAUUUGCAUUGGAUGAAUGUGUUGCAUGUAGUGCAGUGGUUUUUCAAAUUAUGGGAAAAAAUUAUUGUACAUGGUAUUGAAUCAAGCUCUUUGGGAAGACAAUUAUACAUACUUGAUGUUUUUGUCAAUAGGCAAAUUGUGCAUCAAAUAGCUUAUGAGAGUGAUAUUAUUUGUUUUGAUCAACUUAGGAUGAAUAGGAAAGCAUUUAGCAAUUUAUGCAUAAUGCUUGAAACUAGGGGUGGGUUAAAAGCAUCUAAAUACUUGCAAGUAGAUGAGCAAGUGGCCAUGUUUUUACAUGUAAUUGCUCAUCAUGUGAAAAAUAGAGUCAUUAGAUUUCGAUUUAUGAGAUCUGGUGAGACUAUUAGCAAGUUUUUUCACAAUGUGUUACAUUCAAUCAUUCGACUACAUGGAGCGUUAUUGAAAAGACCUGAACCGGUUGUUGAAAACUCAACAGAUGAAAGGUGGAAAUGGUUCAAGAAUUGCUUAGGGGCACUAGAUGGAACUCAUAUUAGGGUGAGAGUAUCUAUGGCUGAUAAACCAAAAUAUCGUACUCGAAAAGGUGAAAUAGCUACAAAUGUCUUAGGUGUAUGCUCCCAAGACAUGCAAUUCAUAUAUGUGUUACCUGGAUGGGAAGGCUCUGCAGCAGAUGGUAGAGUUUUACGUGAUGCCAUACGUAGAACAAAUGGUUUGUGUGUUCCAAAUGGUCAUUAUUACCUUGUAGAUGGUGGAUAUACUAAUUGUAAGGGAUUUCUUGCUCCAUAUCGAGGCCAACGCUAUCACCUCAACCAAUGGGAAGAUGGGAAUCCUCCCAGAAAUCCACAAGAGUUUUUUAAUAUGAAGCACUCAUCUGCUAGGAAUGUCAUUGAGAGAUGUUUUGGUGCAAUUAAGAAUCGAUGGGCAAUUCUUAGGAGUCCAUCAUUCUAUCCAAUAAAGACUCAAAACCGAAUCAUUUUAGCAUGUUGUUUGCUUCACAAUUUUAUUAGGAGAGAAAUGCCUAAUGAUAAUACUGAUAUGCAUCCAGAGAAUGAGAGUGAUAGUGGAGACGAAGAAGACAACAUGGAUGUUGAUGGAUCCAUAAGAAGUAUUGAAGCUUCUGAAGGGUGGACAACAUUUAGAAAUCAUUUAGCACUUGAGAUGUAUAACGAAUGGAGAGAACAUAGGAGAGCAAGCUAGUUUUUUUUAUUUCUUAGAUUAAAUGCACAAUGAUUGUCUAGGUUUCUAAAUUUGGUUUCACUUGGCUAUGCCAAUUCAUUUGACUGUUUGUGUAAUUGACCACCCCAAAAACUUAUAUCACUUGCUUUGAAAUGGAAAAUUUAUCUUUAAAUUUAUGUUUUGUUAUUGGUGUGUAUAUCCAUUCACUUUUAUUUCUUUAUUGCUGGCUGUUUGUUUCUUUUUCAUUCAACUACAAUAUUCCAGCU